CUAGUGUCGCAGGAAGAACGCCGAUUAUCUCCCUUUCCCAACAUGGCCGCCCCCACGUGGUUCUCCAGAAAUGUUGUUUACAGUUGGAAUAUAACUCAGAAUUGAGCACAGUCACGACAAUCACAUCUUUUCAGUAGUCAUGGAAGGUGAGGAUAAGAGGAAGGUUCAUCGUGUCCGACAGGCUGGGCGCAAGGCGGAGAAGAAAAAAGCCAAAGACAAACAUGAACAAGACCUGUCAGCCAAGCAACGGAACCCAAGGGCUUUUGCCAUUCAGUCGGCCAACAAGACUGCAAAACGUGUUCAAAGAACUCUUGAUCACAAGACAAAGAAACAUCACAUCCCUCUGGUCGACCGGACACCCGAUGAGCCUCCACCGGUUGUCGUGGGGAUUGUUGGGCCACCCAAGGUGGGCAAGUCCACGCUGAUGCAGUGCCUGGUGAAGAACUACGCCAAACAGAAGCUGUCUCAGAUAUCAGGACCAGUCACCGUCGUCUCAGGAAAGGACCGGCGCUUAACACUUAUUGAGUGUAACAAUGACAUCAACAGCAUGAUUGAUCUGGCCAAGGUUGCUGACCUGGUCCUGCUGCUAGUGGAUGCUAGUUUUGGGUUUGAGAUGGAAACAUUUGAGUUCCUCAACAUUUGCCAAGUCCACGGGUUUCCUCGCAUCAUGGGUGUGCUCACUCACCUCGACAUGUUCAAGGACAGCAAGAAGAUCAGGAAGACGAAAAAGAGGAUGAAGCACAGGUUUUGGACAGAAAUUUACCAGGGAGCCAAGUUGUUUUACCUGUCUGGUACAAUCAAUGGAGAGUAUCAGCGAACCGAGGUCCAUAAUCUCUGUCGCUUCAUCUCAGUGAUGAAGUUCCGCCCCCUGCAGUGGAGGAUGACGCAUCCAUAUGUGCUAGCUGACAGGAUGGAGGACAUCACCAACCCCGAGUCUGUGCGUUGCAACUCCAAGUGUGACCGCAAGGUGUGUCUGUACGGCUAUGUGCGGGGGACGCACUUGAAGAACCAGCAGAUGGUGCACAUCGCAGGGUGUGGAGAUUUCAACAUUCACAACAUGCAGUUUCUGCCAGACCCCUGCCCUACUCCCAGCAGAGAGAAGAGGCGGUCCUUGAAUGAGAAGGAGAGGUUCAUCUAUGCCCCCAUGUCCGGAGUGGGGGGGAUUGUGUAUGACAAGGAUGCUGUAUACAUUGAUCUGGGGGGCAGCCACUCUCACAGUAGGAAGGAAGAGGACAAGCAGCCGGGCAGUGAGAUGGUGGCUCAGCUUAUUGGCAUGAUCAACCCUAUCGACAAAAAACUGACGGCAAGUGAAAUGAGCAUGUUUACAAACACAGCCCCGAUCCGCUCAGCUGAUGCAGAUAACAACAGUAGCGAAGAGGAGGAUGUAGAUGAGGAUGAGGACAAACAGAUGAAAUUUUUACCAGAGGAAGAAUCUGUGGAGGCAAGUGAUGGCCGCACAAGGAGGCGAGCUGUGUUUAGUGAAGAUGAAGACGAGGAUGAUGAAGACAGUGAUGAAGAAGAGGCUGAGAGUGAUGAAGAGGCUGUGAGUAGUAAACAGAGAGAGAAGACUGUUGUGUUUGCUGACAGUGACGAUGAGAUACAACUCUUCAAAAAUACAUCAGUGUCAAAACUGGGACAGACGCACCAACAGAACGGGAGUCAACCUCAGGAACAGAGGAAGCUGGUGCCGCCGAAAGACAACGAUGUCUGGUUGGACUUUAAUGUUGGAAGUGAUGAUGAGGUGGAUGAAGUAGUUGAAGAUAAAGAUGAUAGGGACGAUGAAAGUGAUGAUGAUGAUGAUGAUGAUGAUGAUGAGAGUGAGGAGGAUGAAAGUGAGGAGGCAGAUGAAAGUGAUGACAGUGACAAUAAAGAUGAGGAUGAUGUUGAUGAGGAAGAGGAAAGUGAAAGUGAUGACGAAAGUGAUAGUGGUGAUGAAGGUAGUGAUGCGGACCAAAUGAAUACAGAUGCCGUUCAGAGUGUCAGGAAGGUAAAGAAGAAAGACUUAAACAAUGUUGUCAAUGUAACAGAAAAAACAGAUCCACCUAAAUCUAUUUCUAAAAAGGAAGCUUCUGACAUUUCUAAAUCAUCCUUUCGUUCAAAACAGUAUAAAGACAAUGAAAAUAUGUUAAAAAAGAAACAAAAGACGGACAAAUUGUUGAAUGAUAUUGUUGAAGAUUCAUCUCAACAUGUGAAGGUGAAAAGUGGAAAAAAGGUAGACAAGCAGUCCAAACUAGUCCAAGAUUCCAAAGGAUUAGAGUUCUUAGAGCCUGAGUUUGAUGACGUGGAGAUGAACUCGGCAUCGAGUGAGGAUGACAUGUCAGCUUCAGAAACUGAUUCUUCAUCGGACUCGGAUGAAGAGAUGAAACUGUUGAAGAAGAUUGGUAAAAACAAGGGUAUUAAUCCGAAGGAAGAUCAAGGUAGUGAUGAAGAUGUGACAGAAGAGGAAGAACUGGAUGACAUCAAAGAAGAACCUGAAGAUGGCCUGCAGUGGAAGACCAACCUUGCCGCGAAGGCCUCGGAAGCCUUCAGGCGGCGACAGAAACAGAAGAUGAACUACCAGAAACUCAUCUAUGGAGCAGUAACAGCAGCAGAGACGGAGAAGGACGAAGUGGAUGAGGAUGAGGUGGGAGGACUGUUCAAAGUGCUCAAGCAGAAGAAGGACAAAGGGAGGAUGGGCAAGUCCAAAUCAAAUGACAUGGACUGUUCCAAGUUUUGGGAGGACAGCAUGCAUGACUGGGAUCUGGAGGAGGUACGCCUGUUGAUACGAGAUUGUUUUGUGACUGGGAAAUGGGACAAGAGUGAAGAUGCAGCUGCUAGACUCCAGGAAGAUGAUGACCUGUACGGAGACUUUGAGGACCUGGAGACCGGGGAAGUCCAUAAGGGGAAGACCGAUGGAGAGGAGGAGGAGGAGGACAAAGAUCUUGAAGGUGAAGGAGAGAAGAAAGAAGGUGAGGGAGAGGAGACUAAGAAGAAGAUUAAAGCAGAAAUGACGGCAGCUGAGCGUCGAGUAGAGAAGAAGAGAAAACUCAAGGAGAUGUUCGACCAGGAGUAUGACAUGAAAGGAGACUCUGAGUUCUAUGAUACGUGGAAGGCAGACCUGCAGAAACAGUCCGAGCUAAAUAGAGCCGAGUUUGAGGGCCUUGGAGACGAGCAGAGGGUUCAUUUUGAAGGCUUCCGUCCUGGGAUGUACGUCCGGAUGGAGAUUAACAACAUGCCAUGCGAGUUUGUGGAGAACUUUGACCCUUCCUAUCCUGUGGUGCUGGGUGGUCUGCAGAAUGUAGAGGUCAACAUUGGAUAUGUACAGGCUAGGGUCAAGAAGCACAGAUGGUACAAGAAGAUUUUGAAGACCAGAAAUCCUCUGAUUGUCUCCCUUGGGUGGCGGAGAUUCCAAACUAUGCCACUGUAUUCGAUCCAGGAUCACAACCUCCGCAACAGAUUGCUGAAAUAUACGCCAGAACAUCUUCACUGUCAUGCAUCGUUCUGGGGGCCUAUAACCCCCCAGGGAUCCGGCAUCCUGGCUGUGGAGAGUGUCUCCGAUGUCACUGCCAAGUUCCGUAUAGCUGCUACUGGGGUGAUCCUGGAACUGGACAAAUCGAUGCAAAUUGUGAAGAAACUGAAGCUGACUGGCACUCCCAAUAAGGUCUUCAAGAAGACAGCAUUUAUUGAGGGAAUGUUCAACUCGGCGCUAGAGGUGGCCAAGUUCGAGGGUGCCAGUAUUCGGUCAGUCAGUGGCAUCAGAGGUCAGAUCAAGAAAGCUCUCAAGACACCCGAGGGGGCAUUCAGGGCGACCUUCGAGGACAAGAUCUUGAUGAGUGACAUCGUGUUUGUGAGGACGUGGUUCCAGGUUGAGGUACCCAAGUUCUUCAACCCUGUCACAUCACUCCUCCUUCCCAAGGCAGACAAGAGUCGGUGGGAGGGCAUGAAGACCGUCGGACAGCUACGCUAUGAGUUGGGGGUGUCGGUGCCACAGAAAGGGGACUCCCGGUACAAGAAAAUAGAGCGAAUGCCGAAGAGACUGAAGCCGCUGAUCAUCCCCCGGGACCUUCAGCAGCGGCUGCCGUUCAAGGACACGCCGAAAGAGUUGCUGAGUCUGCCGGACCCUGUCAAGCGAGUGUCCAUCAUCAGGGAGCCUAAAGAAGCCAAGGUUGCCAAGGUGAUGAAGAUGAUGAAGACGCUGUAUGAACACAAGCGCCGCUCAACGCACGUACAGAUGAGGAGGCGGGCAGAGAAACACCAGCAGAACCAGGCUAAGAUUGAUGCGCUCAAGGACCAGAAACACCGCCAGGUGAAGAAAGACAUCUACAGAAUCCUUGGCAGGCUGGAUGGCAGGAAGAAGCAUAAGAAAGCUGGCUAAUGAGCUCCACUACUUGUGGGGUAACAGCAGGAUCACAGCACAUAGAUAGCCAGGGGCCCUUGGGGUUUCCAGGUUAACCUAUGCUGGUCGUACAAGGUGAACAAAUGGAUCUGCUGGUCAGACUCGAUGACUUGGUGCGUGUCUUUGUACCCUGAAGCAUGGAUUGCUGCUCACAAUAUCAAUCACUUGUCCAGACUUGAUUCUUUGCUGGCUGCUAUCAUAUAGUUGGAAUAUUGCUGAGUAUGGCAUUAAACAACAAACACACGCUCACUCACUCAAACACACAGAGAUAGAUAGCCAGAGAGGUUUGUGGUCACUGCAAGGUCUCCAUGGAUGCAGAGUGUGAAUAGGUGGAUUUGUAUGCCAAGAUGUUGAAGGAAAUUGACAAGAAUGUGAAUUAAACCAUGCUUCGACAUUUAUGAAAGGAUUUACAUGAAAUUAGAACUGUGAAACUAUUACAUACAGCCUUGACUGAUUUAUGAUGGAUUUGUCAAUUGAUUGAUUUGGUUUUCCUUUAUAGCUUUCCUGUGUAAUAGUAAACUGAAAUCAUUCACACGUCACACAGAAGAUGAAGGUUUCAUUCCCAUUGUGGACUUCAUCUGUGACGCCUCUUUUGGGUGUGAUCUGCCACGACUUGCUGCUGCAGUGCUCAAGUAGUGUUAAAUGUCACUAAGGGUGCAAACAAGCACCUGAUGAGAUUUCCUUCAGGACUGAAGAGCAUUUGGUAUAUCUUGUACAUUAAGAUCAAAGCUUAUUUGUACAUAAUUCAAAAUAAGAAAAUAAACUAUGAAGAAUUCA